AUGGUCAGAAUGAGUGUCUUAGCUGAUAGCUUAAAAUCCAUUAUUAACGCAGAAAAAGCAGGAAAGAGACAAGUUCUCCUCAGACCCACCUCCAAAGUUCUCGUUAAGUUCCUCAGAGUCAUGUAAAAGCAUGGUUACAUUGCUGAGUUCUCAAUCGUUGACGACAAGAGAAACGGAAAGAUCAUCGUUGAACUCAACGGCAGACUUAACAAGUGCGGAGUCAUCUCUCCAAGAUACGACCUUAAACUUAAGAACUUUGAGAAGUUUAUCUACAACAUCCUCCCAUCCAGACAGUUCGGUUAUGUCAUCCUCACCACCACCUUCGGAAUCAUGGACCACGAAGAAGCCAAGAGAAAGCACAUCGGUGGCAAGGUCCUCGGCUAUUUCUAUUGA